UCCAUAUUCAACACAUCACACUCUUUCUCAUCAUUUUUCUCCGCGAUCUUUUCUCUCCCCAAACACCUCAUUUUCCUGAGAAAAAAAAAAAACAAAAAAGAAGCGUAAGUGAAGAAGGAGAAGAAGAAAAAGAAAAUGGCGGACCAGCUUACCGAUGACCAGAUCUCUGAGUUCAAGGAGGCCUUUAGCCUCUUUGACAAGGAUGGCGAUGGUUGCAUUACUACCAAGGAACUGGGUACUGUGAUGCGGUCACUCGGACAGAACCCUACUGAGGCAGAACUCCAAGAUAUGAUUAAUGAAGUUGACGCCGACGGAAAUGGGACCAUCGAUUUCCCUGAAUUUCUCAACCUGAUGGCAAGGAAAAUGAAAGAUACUGAUUCUGAGGAGGAACUUAAAGAAGCUUUCAGGGUGUUCGAUAAGGAUCAGAACGGUUUCAUAUCUGCUGCCGAGCUUCGUCACGUUAUGACAAAUCUUGGCGAGAAGCUUACCGACGAGGAAGUCGAUGAGAUGAUCCGUGAAGCCGAUGUUGAUGGUGACGGCCAGAUCAACUACGAUGAAUUCGUCAAAGUCAUGAUGGCCAAGAGAAAAGAGAAGGCGACUUCAGAUGUGAACACCACCAUCAAGCGUAGUAAAAAAUCUAAAGGAAAACAGCGUCGUAAAUGCAUUUUUCUUUAAGGAGAGCUAUUUUCGUUCCUUUAUUUAUUUAUCCAUUUUGUAUGUUGUAACUCUCCAAUCAACCUAAUAAAUUUAUAUAUAUAUAUA